AUGAAGGGUCGAUACACCGUCAAUCCGUUCCCAGAACUCGCUCUAACCGAGGCCGACAGAGCCUCGCUCGAAGAUCUCGCCAACGCCUACAUCAUGUCCAACUUGGAGCUCUGUAUGAAAUUCAUGAGUUCAGGUAGAAGGGUGGACCCAGCGCGCUGGAAGCCUCUGAAGGAGAGAAAAGGACUCAAGAUCUACUCCGAGAGGAGAGAAAGCGUGGGAACUGCUACCACAGACGAGUUAUCGGGUGCGGGAAUACCAACGAUUCUCUGCGUUGGUACAAAGGAAGGAAAGCUGGACGACCUCAUGUACGGCAUCAUCAGCGAAGACCUGGAGACCAUGCGCAUGAAGGCCUCCGGUGCUGGAUGGUGUGGUCAUGCCUUCUCUCGAAGAUCCGUUCCGAUCGCUCGUUGUCAAGUGGAUGUGCUCGAUAUUCCCUUCAACUCAACUGGGUUGAUCAAGAACCGCGAUUACGUUUAUCUUGAGGGUAUCGGCACCGUCAGAAACGCCGCCGGAGAGCGCUUCGGCUACAGCCUGCUGCACUCGGUUAACUUCCCUCGGACGCACGCACUUCCGAACCGCGUGCGUGGCAACAUUUCCUUUAUCGCUUAUUGGCGUGAGAUGGGGAACAACACAUUGGAAAUGUACGCAACGGGUAUCAUCGAUCCUGUGGACGAGGGAAGUUUGAUUCGCAAACUUGUUCUCCCGGUCGUGGCCACCUUGUUCCUAGGAAGUCUCGACUACGUGUACUGUGGACAAAUGCGCAAGCUGACUUACAUGCUGGAGCGGCGCUACGAGAAAUCCAAGACACGCGGAGCCCCCAACAAGCAGAGCACAUGCGUCACGUGUGCGACUCCGAUCACUGGGCGGAGGCUGGGCGACUUCGAUAAAUCUAACAGCACGUGCAAACUCUGCUUCGGCUUUGUGUGUCACGCGUGCAAGAUCGUCCGUAAGCUGAGCUUUGUGGACCCGGACUUGCAGAUGACGCAGCGCAAAGUGACAUUUUGCACCAAGUGCGUGAGCGAGGUGACAAGCAUGACUGCCAUUGACAUCGCGCGUGCCAAGCUGCUUGGAAUGAAGAAUGGAGGCAACUCCAGUGGAGCUACAGGCUACUCUUCUGUCAGUAACUUGUCCGACAUAUCGUACUGCAGCCAGUAG